CAUAUAUGAAGCAUGAGACCUGUCAACAAAUUGGCAGUAUUACUCUCUUUUUUCUUUUUCUUUUUUUAAUAAUCCAAAAAACAUACAUAAUGGGCCAACAGCUUUGUUGAAUUUAACUUCUCUAUAUAAGCACAAAUAUAUAUACAUAUGUAAAGCUGUUUUGCUCAUAUUCAGAGUUGGGAAACAAAGAUUGAAGCAAAUACUAACAAUUAUGGCACCAAAAAGCAGUUCCUAUCGAACUUCUGCAACCCCAAUUACGAUGUUUGCUCAUUUGUUGUUCCUCGCAAUUAUCAUCCUUCUCCUUGUUUGGCUACUUCAUUUCAGAGAAGGCCUUUCUUUCACCUCUCAUAACAAGCUCAAGCUUUUCAAUCUGCACCCGUUCUUCAUGGUCAUAGGGUUCAUCUUGAUCUCUGGAGAAGCUAUUAUGGCAUACAAAACCGUGCGAGGAGAAAGGAGGAGACACAAAGCAACUCACAUGAUACUGCAUCUAAUUGCACUUGCUUCAGCCAUCGUUGGGUUAUAUGCAGUUUUCAAGUUUCAUCAUGAUCUUCAUAUCCCUGAUUUGUACUCCUUGCAUUCUUGGUUUGGGAUCUCUGCCGUCAGCUUAUUUUUUCUCCAGUGGAUUUUUGGGUUUUUCACAUAUUGGUGGCCUGCAAGAAGUUCAACAAGGAGAGCAGAUUUUGCCCCGUGGCACGUGCUAUUGGGCCUGGUCAUCUUCUCCAUGGCGAUACUGACUGCCAUCACUGGGCUCAUUGAGAAAUUCACAUUUUUGGGCUUGAGAAAGAAUCAAGAAGCUCUCAUCAUCAAUUUCACUGCUCUGCUUUUGUUUCUGUUUGGAGCAUGUGUCGCCAUUACCGUUCUUCUUCCAAGGUCUUAUUAGAGCACUUAAAAUGACCAGUUCUUCUGGUGCGAAAUGGUAGGAUCUCAUUUGUUGAUACAUAUUUUGUGGAUUUGUAAUUUGUCCCAUUAUUAGAAGUAGUAUUGUAGUCCCAUCUAAACAUUAAUUUAUAGCACUCUUUUUUUUUCUUUUUUUUUUCCGAGGGAAGGCUAGGGUUGUUGCGUCUAGCAUAUUUGAACUCGUGAUCUCUUACGACAUAAACUGUGUUAGGUUAAAUGGUUUGUUCCGUUUCAUGUAGGGAUUAAUUCUUCAAGUUUGUUUACCUGGUUUGUGUGUGGGUAUACCGUAUAUGUAUCCUUCAAUGUAUACGAUUUCUUUCUUUCUUUUUGUUUGGCAACAUUUUUGGUUCUAUUCCAUUAUCG